AUGUCGGGCGGGAUUUACCAAUUCGAGAAGAUCUACCAUGGACUCACGGCAGAGUCAGGAAAAAUGCGCGUGGCUGCUGCCGGUGUGGCAUGGAAAGCGACAGAUUCCGAGAAGGUAGCUUACGUGCAAGCAGAAGACUUAAAAUGGGCACAGUGGCUACGCGUCGCGCGCGAUUUUCAGCUACGAUUGGGGCUGCGAGAUCACAGGAAAGAGAAGUUUGACGGGUUCACGAGGGAGGACCAUGACAAAGUCGCGAAUGUGUUAAAGACCCACUUCGCAAUUACGCUGGAGACGAGAGAAGGCGCUUUCAAGGGCUGGAAUUGGGGAGUAACUGACUUCCAAGGGCAGGAACUAGCAUUCAUCGUUUCCGACAAGACCGCGUUCGAACUUUCCCUGGCAGACGUUGCCAACUCGAACAUCGCCGGUAAAACAGAAGUCUCACUAGAAUUCACGCCUCAAAACGUGUCAAAAGGGGCCCCAAAAAACAUGGGCGAUGAGCUGACCGAGAUCCGGUUCUAUGUCCCAGGCAACAUCACGAAGCUCAAGGGACCCUCAUCCGACGCUGGGUCCAACAAAUCGGACAAUGAAGAGGAGGAGGAGAUCAACGCCGCGCAGGUGUUCCAUGACACAAUCAAGGACAGGGCCAAGAUUGGGCAAGUUCACGGAGACCUCAUUCUCAGCUUCGAGGAAGUGCUUGUUCUUACUCCUCGUGGCCGAUACGACAUGGAUAUGUUCCCUACCUUCCUACGUCUGCGUGGAAAGACAUACGACUACAAGAUCCUCUAUCAAAGUAUAGCAAGGCUUUUCCUCCUUCCAAAGGAUGAUCUGCAUGUACUGUUCAUCCUCGGCCUUAGCACCCCAAUACGACAGGGCCAGACGCAUUACCAAUACCUUGUCAUGCAAUUUUCUAGAGAAGAGGAGAUUACAGCGGAACUGAAUCUGACGGAGGAAGAAAUUGCAAAAUAUGACAAGCUGAAGAAGAACUACGAAGACCCAACGUACGAGGUGGUCUCAAGCGUCUUCCGUGGCCUCGCUGGCAAGAAGAUUAUCGGUUCAGGCAGCUUCCAGGCUCUAGAUGGACAUCCUGGCCUCAAAGCCAAUCUCAAAGCCGUGCAAGGCGAUCUCUUCAUGCUCGAGCGCUACCUCUUCUUCGUCUCCAAAUCCCCACUGCUCAUCGACCUCAACGACAUCUACCAAGCCGUCUUCUCGCGUGUCGGCGCCGGAUCGGGGGCAGCCGCUGGCCGCACCUUCGACCUGAAGAUCAUCACGAAGAACGGACCCGAGCACACUUUCACGUCUAUCAACAAGGGCGAGCACGAGGCAACCGAGGCAUAUCUCCGCGACAAGCGGGUGAAGGUCAAGAAUGAGAUGGUGCCCGAUGCCGAUUUAUUGCUUGCGGCGGUAGGAGGGGAUGACGAUGAUGAUGAGAUGCAGAGCGUUGCGAGUUCGGACGACGAUCGUAGAAGGAGGAAGCCCAAAGCCCCUCGCGCUGCUGGUGCCGAUGAUGAAAGCGAGGAGGAAGAUGAGGACUUCCAAGCCUCCGAUUCCGACUCUGGUUCACCCAGCGAAAGCGACUCGGAUGGCUCAGGCGCCGAGACCGCAUCAGAUGCCAGCGGAGACAUUAUGUUGGCCAAAGAUGCGAAAGCGAAAGGCAAGGGCAAGGCGAAGGCUGACGGCACGAAGAAAGUCGUAAAAAAGAAGGUGAAGGAGGGAGACGCUGACGGUGGCACUGACAAGCCUAAACCGAAGCCCAAACCCAAAGCUACGAAAAAGGACGACGACGCCAUGUCCGUCGACGGCGACGAGAAACCUAAGCCGAAGCCCAAACCAAAGCCUAAAGCGAAGCCAUCGGAUGCGAUGGAUGUAGAUGAGGAGAAACCACGGCCCAAGCCUAAGCCUGUUAAGCCCAAGGAAGGGGACAAAGAUGCAGAACCGCCGAAGAAGAAAGUUAAGACCACGCCGUAA